GCAAGAGUACGCAUCGCAUCACCACUAUAUACUGCAUCUUCGCAAGACAUCCCUGACUUCUUUUUCCUCUGCAUCUCCCUUGCCGGUUUCCUAGGUCCCAUCCACUUCCUUUGCAGAGCGUGCGAAGUGGGGAAUCUCAACACAAGACACCAGCAGCGCAAUGAAUACCACCCGAGUAACACGGUCGCUAUGGAUACGAGCAGCGAUACAGACAAGACCAGCAGUACGGGUUUCGCAAAGAAGCUUCGCAACUGAGACACAACCUCCGUUGCCACCACCGCCACGCAAAGAACCAUCGCGAGUAGGCGCAUACUACGGCACCUUCGGCUCCCCGAUCCUCAAAUGCUUCCUCGGCGCCCUCUUCACAUACCAACUCGCCUACUACAUCUGGUACAAGCUCGAAACCGUCGAAGAACGGCAUGAAACACGCUUGGAAAUUGCUGAGCUGCAGCAAGAACUAAAGCAAGCGCUUGAAAAGCAGAGUCAGGCGGCGCAGGAAAAGUGGGAUAGGGCGGCGGAGGUGUUGCAGAGGGAGAAGCACGAGUUGGGCGAGGCGGUGGACGCCGUGGUUGAGGAGGUGAGGGAGGGGGCGGAUGAGGUGGGGAGGGGGACCAGGGCGGUGGGGAAGGUUGCAAGUGGGGGGUGGUGGCCUUGGUGAUGGGCUGAUGAUGGGCUGAUGUUGGCAUGUGUAUUAUUAUUAGGAUACGUAAUUGAUGCAUGGGCGAUACCCUUUCUUCUCUGCAACAAUAACCUUGGUUGUGUUGUACAUGGACAUAUUAUCGAAUCUCUUGCCAACUUUCGUUUUCCCCGAGCUCCCUUCGUUCGUGUCGAUACUCUCUUGAACAACCUGUUCUCGCUCUCAUUUCAAUCUUCUUCUCUUUCUUCAUGCUUGCGUCAUCUUCCAUCUACUUCAC